GGUCAUGCAGGCGUAGACGUACUCUCUUGUGGUGCUUUGAUAAACUAUAUAAAGAGGGAAUAUCUUCCUUUACUGACAGUCAUCAGCUUGUUCUUCUCUGUGUCAGCCACUCAUCACCUCAGCAAAGUAUGUUGACUUUGUUUAACAUCUUUCCACAGAUGGCAUCAGGCUUUCCGUUUGCUUUGUUGCUCUGUUUGUCCAUCGGACUGUUGGCUCCAUCUUGCCAUGGACAAACCUCCUGCCCAGGUUCCUGCCCUCCUGGUUGGACUCAGUUCGGCUCUCGCUGUUUCAGCUUCAACUUCCAGGGAAAGAGUUGGACCGAUGCAGAGAUCUUCUGCAAGGCCGCCGGUGGGAAUCUGGCCUCAGUCCACUCAGAAGAGGAAUAUUCCUUCCUCAAAACCUACAUUAAACAAGUGAGCGGUGUAAUCGAACGGACCUGGAUGGGAGGCUUUGACUCAGUGCAGGAGGGCGUGUGGAUGUGGUCUGAUGGAUCCAAAUUCGACUACAAAAGCUGGGCUCCGGGGAAGCCUGACAACGCCGGCGGAGUCGAGCACUGUCUUGAGAACUAUCAGGACAAAUGGAACGACAACUCGUGUCCCAAAAUACUUCCUUUUGCGUGCUCCAAGAACAUGUGAGGCCUCCCGCCAUCAUGAUGUUGAAGAUGAUGAUCUGUCUGAGCUGGACAAACACAUAAUCAGUUAUUGGACUUUUAAUCUAGUAAAUAACACAAAAUGAAAUACAGAAAACAUUUAAAUACUCUGACAUCUUUUCCAUUUUAGUUUAGUUAAUAUUGUCUGUCAGCUCUGUCCAAAGGUAACAACAUCCACCUACCAGACAUGAGUGGUGAUGAUCUUCUCAUCCAAAAUGUCCAAAUAGAAAAUACAAAUCCAAAUGUUGUC